AUGUCCUCGAGAUACAUUUCAUUAUUGAAGUCAAUUGGAAGUAACAUUGCUAUCUAUGGUGGCUUUGUAGUUUUGUUGAUGGGUGUCAUCGGCGGACUUCUAAAUCUAACAGUAUUUCUCACUCUUCGAACAUUUCGGCGAAAUUCAUGUGCAUUGUACCUGACCAUAAUGUCGAUAUUCAAUAUUGGCCAAUUAUGCACGGGUCUGUUGCCUCGUAUUUUUCUAUAUGCUUAUGGCAGCGAUGGAACAGGCGCCUCUUUGUUUUAUUGUAAAUUUCGCUUAUAUUUCUCUCACAUAUGUGUAAUGAUAUCGCUGACAUGUUUUUGUCUUGCCACGAUUGACCAGUAUUGUGCUACAGCUCAUUGGGCAUGUUUAAAAAGAAUGUGUCACUUUCGCGUAGCUUUAUCCUUGGUCUUCGUAUUCAGUUUAGUUUGGAUUUUACACGGUAUACCGUAUGCAGUUUUUAACAAUCAUGUCAUUGCAAAUGGAACAAAUAAAGUUAGUUGCGAAAUGACAAAUGCAUUCUACAUCCAAUAUCGCACUUAUUUCAUUGUUUUAAUUCUUCUCGGCUUCUUACCAUUCUCUGUAACAGCAAGUUUUGGCUCAAUGUCCUAUGGAAAUAUUCGUCGAACAUCACGUGAUACUGUUCCUAUUGCUCGACGAGAAUUAGAUAAACAGCUGACUGUUAUGGUUUUGGUACAAGUACUGGCGAAUUUCUUUACACUUUUACCGUAUACAAUUGUAAAUAUUUUAUCAUUGAAUGCUGAGAGGAGCGAUGAUCGUCUUUUUCGAGCGAAACUCCAGCUAGCUUCUCAUAUUACUCUAAUGCUUUACUAUGUUUAUUACGCUAACUCAUUUUAUGUAUAUGUUUGCACAUCGAAAAGAUUUCGUCGUCAGUUGAUUUAUGUUCUAUUUCGAAUUCCACUAACUCAAAGUCAACAAUGGAUGCGAAAACUCACCAAUCAAAUAAUACCUCAAUAA